UUUCUAACACUAAAACAAAUGAAAAUGUUAUUUUGUUUUCUUUUUUUGCUGUCGAGGAUACAUUAUAACAAGACAAGGCCUACCGCCUAUAUCAAAGGCCUACCGCCUAUUUCAAAACUUAUUUUAAGAAAUAACUAUAUAAAAUGAGCUUUUUGCAUUGUUAACAAAAACGGUCGUUUGUUUUGUAUUUUCACUGCUUAUAAUUGAUGGCAGUGUACUUUUUUGUUACCUCAGAAAUCAUUUUGAUCAGCACCGGACAAGACCGUGAGAGCGCGCUGGCUGGUUGACCUUAAGAAUAUGAGCAAAACAUGGGUUCUGGUUGAAUGGAGGGAGGAGCCACCCACCUAUGACAUUGUCCCUAAAAAGGACAUACUGAAAAAAAAGUUUGAACCUGGGGAUGUUGUGGAUGUUGCCUACGAGGAUGAAAGUUCACCAGCCACAAUUAUAGACAUUGAUGGUAAAAAGUACUGCAAACAACUAGACUCAGUCGUGAUAGAAGAUAUGUAUUUCCUACUUUAUAUUUGUGUCCCUUUAGAGAACAAAGAAACCCUCAGGAGGAGGAUGUUCAGGCUAGAGGGAAAAAGAAGAAAACAGCCAUGUGUGCCAAAUGUAGAAAAAAGAGUGGCAAAGAAAAAGAAAAUUUACACUCCAACUCAGUCCCCAUCAUCUGAUGCAGAGCCUCCAUUGAAACAACAAGUAAUUGCUACAUUACUACUUUUCAUUAUUUAUUUUAUUUUAUCACAAAUAGUAAUGACACCAAGGUGCCAAUAUUGUGUUUUCAUCUUUAGGUCAUUCACAGAAAGAAUAUUAUAUUAAUGCAAGAGAUAAACAGCAUGGACAGUCAAGCUGAAGAGUCAAGCAGGGAAACUCAGCUACAGCAAGAAAUUCUUCGAUUACAGAAAGAAAAUGAAAAUCUACGUGCCCUGAAUAUAUCUCUGCAACAAAAAAUUCUUCCAAUGCUAGAAUCCAUGAGCCAGAACAUUACACUUGGAACAGACACUCUCAACAACCAAAAAUCACAAGAGAAUUCAAGCCGCAAAAAUCCCCCUGAAAAGACACAGGGUCUAGGAAUUUGUCCUACUCUCCUGGCUAGUUGUGGACGGGGUGGCACAUCAUGUUCUGCCAUGGUUAAAGAUCUGGCAGUGUUUGGGCGAGAGACGCUGGCCACUCAUGGGCUGUCUGGAAGGGCUAGCAAUGCAAACAAAGACACUACAGCAAAGCCAGCUCUUAAUCAAGACAAAGUUAUUCUUAUCUUGGACACGGUACAGAAGAAAUUCCCAAAUGUUCCAACAAAGUUUAUCAGGGCAGCACUCAGAGAAAAAUUAAAUGAUGAGCACAAGUUACGAGUAAGGUAAUAAUUUGUGGCACACACACACACACACACAUACACUUGUAUUGGUUGUUUAUGGGGACUCUCCAUAGGCGUAAUGGUUUUUAUACUGUACAAACUGUAUACUGUACAAAAUGUGUGUGUUUUUUAAGCUUUUUGAACUAUGGGGACCUAGGCAGUGUCCUCAUAAACCUUCACAUUUUAAUACCUCUGUCAUACCCAUGUCAAAAUUGUGUCCCCAUAAACCACUCAAACCAGUGCACACACACACACACACACACACACGUUGGGUUUUCAUGUUUUAUGGGCACAUUCCAUAGACGCAAGGUUUUAUAAUGUACAUACAAGCUUGUUUCCUCUUUGGGACCAAAAAAAAGACAUAACGUUGGGAAUACCAGGACCACACACACACACACCAUAUUUUAAAACGUCAAUGCAUCUUUUCUUUUUGCAGGAAAAUGGAGUAGAUGCCACCUUCUGGCUGUGAAUUGGACUCUCCUUCGCUCUGCUUUAACAAUUUCAAUAAAUUAAAUUGUGAAAAUACAUUGUUUCCUUGUGAAGUUAUUUCUCCUGCAGGUAUCUUGCAGAAGACAAUUUGCAACUCCUGCAUAACUUCAUAUCUAUCCUGCACAAUAAUCCUGCAGGAACUAUAUGUUUUAAAUAGACCUGAUUGUAAUUCCUGUAGAACAUAAUUCCUGCAUAUAAUUGUUUCCUUCAUAAAAUUCCUGCAGGUAUUCCUUCAGGAAAAUGAGCAGAAAAUCCUGUAGGAAAACUGCAUAAUAUUCCUGCAGGUUUUUUUGUAAGGGCGCGCACGAAAAUCUGCAUAGGCUACUUGUUGCACAGUUUUUCUUUCGUUUUCUUAAAUUAUGAUUUAAGUGAAAAUAUAUUUCUCGUAUAGGCCUAUUUAUUCGUUAUAAUAUAUAGGCUAUAUAGCG